AUGAAGCUUCCUAAAUCUGCCAAACCUGUCAGCCAGAUGCGGAUGGCUACUCCCUUGCUGAUGCAGCCACUGCCCAUGAAAAGCAUGCUCCACGGGCCUGUGCAAAAUGUUACCAAGUAUGGCAACAUGACCCAGGACCACGUGAUGCACCUGCUACUGAGGUCUGGACCCCUGGAUUACCCAAAGCUGAAGGGGAGCUUCCCAGAGAACCUGAAACACCUGAAGAACUCUAUGGAUGGGCUGAACUGGAAGGUCUUUGAGAGCUGGAUGAAACAGUGGCUCUUGUUUGAAAUGAGCAAGAACUCCCUGGAGGAGAAGCCCACUGAGGCUCCACCUAAAGUACUGACCAAGUGCCAGGAAGAGGUCAGCCACAUCCCUGAUGUCCAUCCGGGUGCGUUCCGUCCCAAGUGCGAUGAGAACGGUAACUAUAUGCCACUCCAGUGCCAUGGGAGCACUGGCUACUGCUGGUGUGUGUUCCCCAAUGGCACCGAAGUCCCUCACACCAAGAGCCGCGGGCGCCAUAACUGCAGUGAACCACUGGACAUGGAGGACCCAUCUUCUGGCCUGGGCGUGACCAAGCAGGAUCUGGGCCCAGUUAUGAUGUGAAGACGGCGGCUAGCUCUGCACAGUGGCGGCUUUCCUGCUCUCCUGUGCCCCAGCCUUCCUACCUUCCCUGACGUCACAUCCCACUUCCUGUCUCCCUGCACCUUGGGGCUUGAGGCUGGUGUCUGCUUCAUCAUCCCCCGACACGACAAAACCAGAACAGAAUGAGGAUGCUGGAGGGCCCUGCUGCCCACCCCCAUCUCAAGGGACAUAAAGCUCAGAGUGGGCAAUGCUAGGUAGACCCCCAUUUCUACCCUUUAGCAGUCUCCAAUGUGGGGCUCUAUGAUGUAGGCCCACAGACAGGGAUAAGGAGGGGUGCUCUACUUGACCUAUAUUGGACACAUCUGCCGUCUUCUCCUCAAGGAAGAACCCAGGCCCUCCUUCCAACAACCCUUCCUCAUCUCCUGCCAACCCCCCAGGUCCCUUGCUCAGCCAAGCUUGUCAGCAGCCUGUAGGAUCAUGGCUCAUGUGACAAUAAAAGGUAGUGAGUAGAA